AUGAAACUAUUAAUUAUAAAAAGAGCUAUUUUCUUAUUUGAUGGUAUGGAAUUUCCGGGAGUAGAUCAGCGAUUUGGUGACAUUACGGAAUAUGGUUGUGCUAAUAUUACCGAUGCACGUGCUUUGGCAUCGACACUUAUCGAUGGACCAAUGAAAGUUGCCGUUUAUCGUGAUGAUUGGAAGCAAUUUUGGCUGAAAGAUUUGUCGAAAUCAAAUAUUGAAAAGCCAUCAGCAGAUUCUGCCUGUACUAUAUUCUAUUACAAACAUCCUGAACGAAACAUCGUCGAAACUCAAGGUAUUGAUCAAUUUGGUGGCGAUAUUGGUGACUAUAUUUGUCUGAACAUUGCCGUAGCUCGAGCUUUGGCCUAUUCGCUCAUUGACAGACCAACAAAAGCCGGAACUUAUAGUGAUGAAUGGAAGAAAUUUUGGCUUAAAGAUUUGUCAAGAUCAGAUAUUUGCGGACCGUCGGUCAAUUGUCGCUGUACUACGUUUUAUUUUAAGUAG